AUGAAAGACUAAUAAGAAUAUUUAUGGAUUUUUGAUUUUAAAAUUAAAUAUUUAAGAUAAAUAUUAACAGAAGUCAAAGCAAAUUAUAAAAAUGUUUUUGAGACAGAAAUUAUUAUUGAUAAUUAAAGUAGAAGAAUUAUUGCAAAUGAAUUUUGUUAUUUUGGAGAAAUCAUAGAAUUAAAGGAUAAAAUUUAAAAAAACUAUUGUGAAAAUUCUAAUAAAAACAAUCAAUUAAUUGCUGCCUAAUAAUAUUACAACGCAUUAAAAUUAUAUCCUUUUAAUGGAAAGUUUUAUUUUGUAUUAGCAACUUUAAAUAAAUUAAAUGAGGAUGAUUUUUCUGCCAUUUAUUAUUGCAUAAGAGCUCUUUACAGUGUACAAGGUUUUUAAUGUAAAGAGAAGUUAUAAGAAUUUUUAGAAUAAACAAGAUUAAAAUGCAUUUAAUUUGAGAAAGAAAACAAUAACUACGGAUUUAUUUAAGUUGAGAAUUAUUUUAAAAUGUUCGUUUUGCACUUUUACAGUUACACAAACAUAGUAUUAACAAAAAUAAGUAUAGAAAGUAUAAAAUCUCACUGUAUAAUGUUUAAAUAUUUGCAAAAUCAUAUAUAAUAUUUACUAACUUAAAUAAGUUAAGAGAAACUAGAAAAAGAAUGCAUUCUUCUAUAAUUUAUUGUUAAUAUAAUAAUUUUUACAUUAAAUAAAUUCCAAGAACACAUAUAAGAAAUUAAUGAUUUAUCCGUAAAAAUUUUAGAAUAAAAUUAAAUUGCGAGUGAAUGUUUAAAAUUCACAUAUGGGUUACUUAAUCAUAUUUUCGAAUUAUACACUGUUGACCCUAAUAAAUAUUCAAUAAAUCUUGUUUUGCCCAUUCUUUAUUACUUUAUUGAAAAUCAAGUAAUUGCAGAAUAUCUAUUUAGUAAAUAUCCAGGGUAAAUGUCCCUUUUUAAUAUAAUUCUAUAAAAAACUUAAAAAAAAUUUGAUUAAAUUAUUCAAAAUUUUUAAACAGAAGAAAUUGAUUUUGAAGAAUUGGCUUCUAAUUAUUUGAAUGAUUUAGAAAUGGAUAUUAUUGGAUAUAAACCUUUAUAUUCUUAUUUUGAAAAGUAUAAGAAAAAAAAGCUUGUUUUAGGAGAUAUAAAUUUGAUGUUUCCUGUAAAGCUUUUUAUUAUCAAAACUUAAAUGGAAAAAAUAAAAUCUUUUGUAAAGCAAGAAGAAGGAUAAAAUAUUUAAAAUGAAGAAGAAUUAGAGGACGAUUUUUAAUAAUUGUUUUUUAUGAAUAAAAAUAAAAUUAUUCCUUAAAAAAAAUUGCUUAUUAUCAUAGAUGGUAUGAAUGUAGCUAUUAGAUUUGGUUAGUCUUAAUUUAGUUCCAAAGGUAUCUAAAUUGCUGUCGAUUUUUGGAUUAAACAUAAUGCUGAUGUUCAUGUUUUCUUACCUGAUUUUUGUUUUAGUUAAGAUUAAAUAGAAAAAAAGAGAAAUAAAGAUAAAGUAAAUAAUAUUUUCCAUUUUUUAUAUUUUCAAAUAUUAAUUAAAAAAAAUAAAAAUAGCAAGAAUUGAAUAUUAAAAUAAUACCUGAUG